AUGUCCUUCUCCAGCCAACUCAGCUCCCGCUGCUCCGCUCCCUGCGCCGUGUCCUGUCCCCAGCCCUGCGCGAGCGCCUGGAGCCAGCCCUGUGUCACCUCCUGCGGCGACUCCCGGGCUGUGGUUUACCCUCCUCCCGUGGUCAUCACCUUCCCGGGGCCCAUCCUCAGCUCCUGCCCCCAGGAGAGCAUCGUGGGAUCCGCGUUCCCGCAGGGAAUCGAGCGCCCCACGGGGCUGCAGGGCUCGCUGGUUUAUGGAGGAUGCUUCUCCUCCUCUUCCUCCUUCAGGAAUGUCUGGAGCCAGCGCGCCGGGGGCUGCGGGCCCUGCUGA